GAUUAACACCAAGACAAAAUGAACCACGAGCCGUUUCGAUGCCUCCCGGUAAAAAAAGUAGAAGCCUUUCCAGGAAUCAAAAUUAUCUGGAACCUCCUAGUAGGUUUCUAUCUCCAGAGUCGAGUGAAGAAGAAGAUAUGGAAUCGGUAAGAGGUCGUUCCAGAAGAAGGUCUCCUAGAAGAAGAUCUAGGUCACCAAACCCUCUUCAAAAUUCGCCAAGCCCCAGGAUGAUGACUCCACUUGGUUAUGCACAUAAAAGUAAAUAUUUGGAUGAUCCAGAUUCUGACAUGGAAUAUGACUAUUAUGAUGAUAACUAUGACGUUGGUAGAGCAAGAACGAGACCAGUUCCAAUUUGGCUGUGUGUACUUUUGGUUGUGGGAUAUAUAUUAGCAGGAGCAUACCUCUUUAAGUCUUGGGAAAAUUGGGAGUAUCUGGAUGCAGCCUAUUUUUGCUUCAUCACUCUCACCACUAUUGGAUUUGGAGAUCUAGUACCAGCAAAAGGUGUUAGUCAGGACGGAUACUACGCUACUAUUAGUAUAGCAUUAUGUUCUCUCUAUUUAUUAUUUGGAAUAUCCCUGCUAGCUAUGAGUUUCAAUUUAGUUCAGGAAGAAGUAAUAUCAAAUGUCAAGAGUGUUGCUAAAACUUUGGGAAUCAUCAAGAGUAAUUCUGAAGACGAGUAUGAAGAUGAUUAAUUUGAGUGAAUAGCGUGAGAUAAAAUUUUAUAGCAUUUACUUUGUUAUCGAUCAUAGAUUUUAAGUUAUUCCAUUUCAAAAUUAAUAAUGAUUAAAUGAUUAUUUGAAUAAUCUA